AGGUCAAAGACAAUAGAUAAAUAAUGCCGGGGGCGAAAAGUGCGGAGCCCUCGUCGUGCUGCCAGGACAAAAACUUAACCUCCCAGAAGCCGAUAACCCCGUCGAAAAGGAACGAGUCACCGACCAAGCAUAAAGGGGCCGACAAAACGAAAUGCCCGAGGAAAUCCAAGCUCGAGGAUGAAAAGCCGAGCUGCGACAUCGAAGCCAGCGAGCACCCGGGGCCGAGCCCCGAGGAGGUCAAGGCCCGUCGGAUGCGCAUCCUCUUACGCAAACAGAAGCGCGCCGAGGAGCAGCUGAAGAUGAUGUUCGAGACGUCGGUCGACCCCUUCGAGAAGCCGCUCAGGUGGUGGGAGCACCCCCACGUGAAAUACGCUUUCUCACACUCGGUGGUGAAAUCGAGGCUGGAGUCAUUAAUGGGAACCAACAUCGUGAGGCUGACCGACCGGAAGUACAUGCUUACGCUCAUAGCAAAAAUACGCGAGGAACACGAGAAUCAACAGGCAGCUCGGAUACAAGAGAGGAAGACACGUGAAUUAAUGCGGACGAAGACGAUGAUACUUAAUCGAUUUAUGACUAUCGAAGAGGCUCAAGCUGAAAUCCGUCAAUAUCCCCUCUUUCAACUAUACUUAUACUGCGACUCCAUAUCCCGUCGACCGCAGAAAAUGCGGCUGCCGAAGAAAGUGAAAAUAUCCGAGUCCUUGUACCGGCUACUUUAUCCAGAGAAAUUGGCCGACGAUUUACAGCUAACCCAGAAUCUGUCGUUCAUUGAAGAUGAGGAGGAGGAGAUCGAUGAGGAUGAGGGUUCUCAAGGUGAGGAGGAAAUGGAAGAUAAAGUAAGUAGAAAGAAACAUACCGCUGAGCCCGAAAAUGAAUACAUGUUCUCACAGGAUGAAUAUGAUAAUCUUCAUUAUGUAGCAGAUGCUGUGAAGAAAUUAAAAGAAAUUAAAACCGUCAAUGCUAUGUAUGCAAAGGCAUACGACAUCGUAGGAAACUUGUUCAGCUUAGUUGCAAAGAAACGGAAAAAAUGUACUUUGGACUAAUGAGCGAAAAAUGUAAGAAGACGGAAUGAAUAUAUUUUAUAAUUGAAGAUAUUAUUGUGAAAUGUCAUUUGUAACUUCGAAAUAAUAAUGAUAAUAUAUUCAUUAUAUUUUCCAAGCUAUGGUAUCGGUGAACAUGGAGUCGUUACAAAAAUAAUCUGUCGAAGCAGUGAUAUCAAGAUUUUAUAAU